AGCGGUAACAGGUUCUCUCCGUUCACUUUAAUUCAAGAUAAAGGAAAUUCCAUUUGCGAUAGGAACUCAGAUCGGCUGUUCCUAAAUCCAAACGAACAUAUUUAAUGUAACACGUCGACGAGUAAACAUGGCAGCCUGCACGAGGAAUAUAGCAAAAGUUUUAACUGGAUGCCACAGACACUUGCUGAUACCUUGCGGUCAGUCUUUGACUAGCAUCUCACAGACUGCCUCUAGACAUCUCCCGACCAGGAACUUUGCUGCAGCAGCGAAGCCAGCCAAAAAAGAAAAGAAAGAUGAAAAGACAACGGUGGAGAAGAGGGAGCGGAUCAUUGACAACACAAAUCGGCAUAAGCCAUACGGCUACACGGCCUGGUCCCCCACUGAUGACGUCUACAUAACGAAGUUCUAUCCCAAACCAGUCUAUGACCCCGGCACGGCAGUGGACAUGCUGAAGAGUUUUCAGCGGAUAGAUCUCACCUCCCCAAAGCAACCAGUUUACAUCGACUUGAAGCUGGAUAUGAAGCUGGAGAAGAAGAAAAAAGUGGAUCCAUUUGUGAGCACGGUUCAUUUGCCACACCCAUUCAAGACAGAAAUGAACAAAGUCUUGGUUUUCACAGAGGAUCCAGAUCAGGCCAAACUAGCAGUGGAGAACGGCGCGGCUUUUGCGGGAGGGGAGGAGCUCAUUCCGAAGAUACUGGAUGAGGAAAUAGUAGCCGAUUUUUACCUGUCGGUGCCGGGAUUCAUCAAUAAACUGAACCCCUUGAAAAACAAGCUCCGGAAGAAGUUUCCCAAGAGCAAGAGAGGGCUGGUUGGAGUGGAUAUUCUAAAAAUGCUUCAGCUAUUCAAGACGGGCCACGAAUACCUGGUGGAAAGAGACUGUUACGUCGUGACGAAAAUAGCUACGCUGGACAUGCCAAAGGAGCACAUACUGUCCAACCUGCAGACCGUCAUUGAGGAUGUGUGCACACACAGGCCGGCCAGUUUCGGUCCUUUCAUUCAGAAGGCUAUCAUUAGCAGCGCGACGAGCGAAGCACUGGAAUUCCAGUUCCACCCUCCAGCCGUGGAGGAGGAUGCAGUUUGAAAGACCAUUUGAAGCCGAGCGCAUUGUGUCCCUUUGUAAAAUUCCAAAAAUUCAAAAUAUUAAAGUCUGUGAAUUUCUGUUUC